UGAUUUCCUUCUUUUGGGAACUUGGAAUCUUCCACCACGCCCCACGGGACCUGGCUUUUGUUGUUUACGUUAAAAUUGUGUCUGGAUUUACCACGUCCCGAGUGUUCUUUUAGCCCCUCUUGUGCUCGGAGCUUAGAUUCUAGUGCGUUGUAAUGAAGCUCAUUGGGUUAGUCUGCUGAGUGGCGUACGCAGGAUUCGUCAAGGGGUUUAUUCGUCAAGAGACAAAGCUUUAGAAAGAGUGAUUUCGGAAACUGAGGGGUGCUUUAAACUUUUCCGAGGUUUGUUGUUAAACACUUGAUCUGGAGCUAUCUGGAUUCAGAGAAGAAGGUCACUUUUGCCUGGAUUGGAGGGGGAGUUGGAGGCGCUUUGUCAGUCAUCUGGAGAGGGCCAAAUGUGAACUGUGUUGACAGCACUGGCUAUACACCUCUACACCAUGCUGCUUUGAAUGGCCAUAAGGAUGUGGUUGAGGUUCUUUUGAGGAACGAUGCGCUGACCAACGUGGCUGAUUCUAAAGGCUGUUACCCUCUGCACUUGGCAGCCUGGAAAGGAGAUGCCCAGAUAGUGCGGUUGCUCAUCCAUCAAGGGCCCUCACACACCAGAGUCAACGAACAGAACAACGACAACGAGACGGCCCUGCAUUGUGCGGCACAGUACGGCCACACAGAGGUGGUGAAGGUCCUUUUAGAGGAGCUGACGGACCCCACCAUGCGCAACAACAAGUUUGAGACCCCUCUGGACCUGGCCGCGCUGUACGGGAGACUAGAGGUGGUGAAGAUGCUCCUCAAUGCACACCCCAACCUCUUGAGCUGCAACACUAAAAAGCACACCCCUCUGCACCUGGCAGCAAGGAAUGGCCACAAAGCUGUGGUCCAGGUCCUCCUUGACGCCGGCAUGGAUAGCAACUACCAGACGGAGAAGGGCAGUGCUUUGCAUGAGGCUGCUCUGUUUGGCAAGACUGAUGUGGUGCAAAUCCUGCUGGCUGCAGGAAUCGAUGUCAACAUCAAAGAUAACCGUGGCCUGACUGCCCUAGACACUGUCCGGGAACUGCCUUCUCAAAAGAGCCAGCAGAUAGCAGCACUUAUUGAAGAUCACAUGACUGGAAAAAGAAGUGCAAAAGAGGUUGAUAAAACCCUCAGGUCCCAGGGACCUCUCAUCUCCAAUAUGGACUCCAUAUCCCAGAAGUCUCAGGGUGAUGUGGAGAAAGCAGUGACUGAACUGAUCAUUGAUUUUGACACAAAUGCUGAAGAGGAGGGUCCCUACGAGGCGCUAUAUAAUGCCGUCUCCUGCCAUUCGUUGGACAGCAUGGCCAGUGGGCGAUCGUCUGACCGAGACUCUGUGAACAAGGAGACUGAGGCAGCAGGAGUGAAGGCUGCUGGAGUGAGGCCUAGGGAACGUCCACCACCUCCUGCAAAGCCACCACCCGAUGAAGAGGAGGAAGAGCGCAUAGAUAAGAAGUAUUUUCCCUUGACAGCUUCUGAGGUCUUGGCCAUGAGGCCCUGGAUUCAGGGAAGUGCAGCCAGGGAGGAGGACGAGCAUCCUUAUGAGCUGUUGUUAACAGCAGAAACAAAGAAGCUGGGAUCCAUGGAUGGGGACGGAAAACCAAAAGACCACAGGCGGAGCAGCAGCAGCCGGAGCCAGGACUCUGCGGAGGGGCAGGACGGGCAGGUCCCAGAGCAGUUCUCAGGUCUCCUCCACGGCUCCUCCCCGGUGUGUGAGGUGGGGCAGGACCCUUUCCAGCUGCUCUCUGCCACUGGCCAGAGCCAUCCAGAAGGGUCCCCCGCACAGGGCGCCUGUCACGAGGCCAGCAUGCAGCUGGAGGAGACGGGUGUACACGCUCCUGGAGCCUCCCCACCCAGUGUCCUGGACCAGGGUAAGAGAGUGGGUUACCCGGCCGGCCUGCCCACCACCACCAGCCAAUCGCACCCCGAAACUUUGACUCACACAGCAUCGCAACACCCUGGUGGUGCCGAGGAAGAAAAAGACCGGAGUGGGACUAGGAGCCGAGCCCCUCCCACCAGCAAACCCAAAGCUGAACUCAAACUCAGCCGCAGCUUGUCCAAGUCUGACUCUGAUCUCCUGACCUGCUCACCCACGGAGGACACUACAAUGGGGAGCCGGAGCGAGUCCUUGUCUAACUGCAGCAUCGGGAAGAAGAGGCUGGAGAAAUCGCCCUCCUUUGCCUCUGAGUGGGAUGAGAUUGAGAAAAUCAUGAGCUCUAUUGGAGAAGGAAUUGACUUUUCUCAGGAACAGAAGAAGAUCUCAGGUUCGCGGACGCUGGAGCAGAGCGUUGGGGAGUGGCUGGAGGCGGUGGGGCUGCAGCAGUAUGAGAGCAAGUUGCUUCUGAAUGGCUUUGACGAUGUCCGCUUCCUGGGGUCUAACGUGAUGGAGGAGCAAGACCUGCGGGAUAUUGGCAUCACUGACCCCCAGCACCGGCGAAAGCUUCUCCAGGCAGCAAAGUCCCUGCCCAAGGUGAAAGCUCUGGGCUAUGAUGGCAACAGCCCCCCAUCAGUGCCCUCCUGGCUGGACUCCCUGGGGCUGCAGGACUAUGUGCACUCCUUCCUGUCGAGUGGCUACAGCUCUAUUGAUACUGUGAAGAACCUCUGGGAACUGGAGCUUGUCAACGUCCUGAAGGUGCACCUCCUUGGCCAUCGCAAGCGCAUCAUCGCCUCGCUCGCAGACAGGCCCUAUGAGGAACCACCCCAGAAGCCCCCACGGUUUUCCCAGCUGAGGUGCCAAGAUUUGCUCUCCCAGACAUCGUCCCCACUGAGCCAAAAUGACUCCUGCACUGGCCGUUCUGCUGACCUGCUGCUGCCUCCUGGGGACACAGGCAAGAGGAGGCAUGACAGUCUUCAUGACCCUGCAGCACCUUCCCGAGCAGAGCGCUUCAGAGUCCAGGAAGAGCAGCGCGAAGCCAAACUGACCCUUCGGCCCCCCAGCCUGGCUGCGCCUUACGCCCCAGUGCAGAGUUGGCAACACCAGCCAGAGAAACUCAUCUUCGAGUCCUGCGGUUACGAAGCCAAUUAUCUGGGCUCCAUGCUGAUCAAAGAUCUCCGAGGGACAGAAUCCACACAGGAUGCCUGUGCCAAGAUGCGGAAAUCCACCGAGCACAUGAAGAAGAUCCCCACUAUCAUCCUGUCCAUCACAUACAAAGGUGUCAAGUUCAUCGAUGCCUCCAACAAGAAUGUUAUUGCGGAGCACGAGAUCCGGAACAUUUCCUGUGCGGCCCAGGACCCAGAGGACCUCUGUACCUUUGCCUACAUCACCAAGGACCUGCAGACCAGCCACCACUAUUGCCAUGUUUUCAGCACAGUGGACGUGAACCUGACCUACGAGAUCAUCCUGACGCUGGGGCAGGCGUUUGAGGUGGCCUACCAGCUGGCCCUGCAGGCCCAAAAGUCCCGGCCGCUAGGGGCCUCCGCUGCCGAGACGAUUGAAACAAAAUCUUCCAAGCCGGUGCCUAAGCCUCGGGUUGGCACGAGGAAGUCAGCAGUGCCGCUGCCCCCCGAUAGUCGCUGUUGUCACUGUCACACCUGCACCACCCAUCGUCCUUCCUACCUACCGCUGCCGUCUGUUAGUCCCGGAGUCAAGCUGGAACCGCCCGACCUGGACCCGGACACCCAGUCCCAUGCCAGCGUCUCCUGGGUUGUGGACCCUAAGCCAGACUCUAAGCGGAGCCUCAGCACCAACUGAGCCACUGAGGAGCCAACCGUGCUGCGGAGACACAGACGUGGGGAGCACAGGCUCCCGCCGCUGCCACCGCCGCCACCACUACUGUGUCACCUGCAGCUUUGAAGACCCAGGCCCAGCCUCUACCUGUCGCAGCCCCUUGGGGCUGCUUGGCCUGGACCUGCCACCACCAGGUCUUACAGAGCAAGCCGCACUCCAGGCCUCGAGCAGACGAGACUGAACUCCAGAGAGUCAAGAAGUGACUUGUCCAGAAGACAUUUUUUAAUAGAAAACAACUUUUCUAUAAAAUGAAUUUUUAAGACUUGGCUCAAACCUCCAGGUUAAACUGCCAACCUUUAGACAGGCGGCCAUCGGAUCAGAGGGCAGGGGACCCAAGCAUGGCUAUAAGGCCAGUCUGAGAAGCCUUCUGUCCUAGGACAGGAUGUUGGCGUGUUCCAGGAAGGCGCCGGCCUCUGGGUGCACUGAAAGCAGGCACGAGUGGGCAAAAUCGAGCGGGUUUGUUCGAGUCUACCUUUCAAACCCAACCACGUCUGUCGCUGUUCCUUACGAGCUGCGCAACUUCCCGUGCCCGUCCGGAGCUGGAUACCGCCUCUGCGGUAAGAACACAGCCGCAGAGACACGUGGCAAAGCAAAGGCUCCCGGCCCAUUUCAGGGGUUCCAAAUGUGCAGGCCCCGAGGCCAGAGCUGAGGGAGCAGUUCCUGGUGCCACAAAGUCUGAGCCGGCACCAGAGCCCUGGGCCACCCCUGGGUGCCUGCCCUGCUGGCGGCCAGGCACUUGCCCAUGCUGCCCGGCAGCCUCGGGUCGCCCGAGUUCAGUCAGAAAGUAGAAAAGCAGCUUUGUUUCGGGCAUUAACAGGUAGGUCGCUAAGACUGCUACCUGCCAAUCUGUGAUUUGUCUGAUCAGGUCUGUGUGAUUAGGACUCACUUUGAUUCUCUGAAUUAUUGGUUUGACUGUUGUAUUUCAGCUGCUGGAUUCAUCCCUGGCUCCAAGUGUAGAGAAGGCUAAAUAAGGUGACAGUUGAUUCGAGUCUCCCCCAGUGUGGCCUUCGGGGUGGGCUGGGGUCCUGGUGCACCACUGCCACCACCCUUCUGCUGCCUUGCUUGGUUUUUUAACUGGGAAUCUUGCUCUGUACUCCUGAAGUUGGUAGAGGCAACCGGGGUCAUUCCCGUGAGGCCAAGGGGCAGAGGCGGCUCAGCUGCUUGUCUGGUACCUUCCAGAGUAGGGAACAGAGGGGAGCCCUUCCUCCUGUGGGUAAUUGAGCAGUCCUCUUGCUUUACUGGCAUGGGGCACGCUGCUCCCUGGGCCCACAUCCUCAGCUUCGUGGGACUUCUUUCCCAGCAAAGGCUGUGAAUUGACCUUCCCUGUGGGUUCUGUGCAGGGAGAGUGCUCUUAGGCGCACUCACAACCCCUGCGAUUGGCCAGACAUGGAAAGCCUGGCCCCCGCCAACUUGAGGCUGGACCCCAGGGGUGGCACCCCCCUCUCUGGGCAAGGGUAGGGGACCCUCCACUCUCCGGUACUAAACAAGGACCUCAAUGCCUGCGCAUCACUUCGCUUCCUGCUUCUCUCAAGGCCCGUGAGCCUGCCAUCAGCUGCCACCAUGCGGUGCUGGCACAGUUCCCUCCCCCCUGCAAGAGGCCUGGCCCCGGCUACAUGCACCUCUCUGGAGGCGGCAGGUCCAAACAGCAAACUGUAGACACUACGAUGAGCUGCUCGAGCUGUCUUUUUGUUUUUAAAUCAUAUGUAGGUGUUUCCUCCCCUUGAAGCUGCUAUAUAUUUAUUCAGGGUGUUUUUGUAUUGGAAAGCCUUGGCUAGUGGCUCUGGCUCUGGGUUUGCUUUUGAGAUUGGUUUAUUUCUGAAUAGUCAAGCAGGGUAGGAACUGGAUCUUUCUUUCCUCUUUACUUCUCCUCUGGGGCAGGUACUCCCUAUUCCCUAGACAGCAGUGGUGUGACUCCAAGGACAGGCUUCAGGUAGAAAAGCCUCGGCUUCUGCACCUGUCGGAGUUCCGAGCGGGCUCCGAGCUGUGCAAGGCCCCUUCUAGGCGGACUUCAGGGGACCCAGUGUCUUCACCAGCCACAGGUUCUCCGCUUGCCCCUCUCCUGCUUUCGUAGGACCCUUCCCGCUGCUCCACAUUCACAGUGCCCCACAUCCCCCUGGUCUCUAGCACCACGUUCUAGCAGGAGUUCCCCGAGAAGCCUCGGGCUGCAUAGGCAGCAAACACGGCUGCAAUCGGUCCCACACGAGAGAGUUAGCCUGAUCCGGGCCCACUCCUGAGAUGCCUGGGCCUGCGGGAGGCUGGUCAGGUGCGGUUCACAACAGUGUUGUUGCUUGCUAAUGGGGUGGCAAUGGGACUGAAUUGUAAUAAAACUGUUAUUUAAUCUUUGUCUCUGUAUUUUGAUACUUGAAUGAAUUCCCCUUUUAUUUUACUGUACAUAUAAUUGUUAGUCUGAUUUUGUCCGAUUUACGAACAUCUUGUGGUACCAAACAUACCCACUCUGUGCAACGACAUAGACUGACCUCACUACACAGGAGAGAGUGUAAAUAUUCCUGGGCUUCCGGCUUUGGUUUUGUUAUUUUCAUAACUGUACAACUUAGAACGAUUAAUAAUAAAUGAGAAGCAACACGAAA